GUUACCAGUGUUGGCAUUAACAUUUUGUUGAUAUAAAAAAAUCAAUAUGACAAUUUGUUCCUUACCAAAGACAGAAUUAUUUUUGUAUUUUUCAUUUUUGAUUGGGUGUUUUGUGUACUCUACAUAUCAGGUUUAUUUGGCUGGAGAAAUUUUAGUUUUGAACCAGUCCGAUACGGAGAGUUACCUAGCUGAGGGCUGGUUUGGGUAUAAGAAGGACGUGUCUCACCGCAGGUGGGAUGACUGGAUCAACAUGACGGUGUUCACAUUGUCCAAGUGGGUGGCAACUCACUUAGUGCUGACUCAACUCACUCGCUGGAUAUGUCCCAAGGGCAUACCAGCUGUUCACAGUCUGAUUACACUGUCUAUGAUUUGUGUUCACUUUGGUCCUGAAGCUGCCUCAUUCAUGUUUAUACAUGUCUGUUUCUACUUUUUUACUCUACAACUCAAUUCUGUUACCAAGACUUGGCUCUUGGGACUUCCUUUUACUACUGUUCUUACAGUCGUGCUUCACACUUUAUGGAAAAUAAAAGGACGAGAAAUGAGCUUAUUUACUCGACUCGUAGUCAGUACAAUGUGGCAACAUAUGAGAUGCACCAGUUUUGUCUUUGAUCAUCUGAACCCAGAAAAUAAAUUAACAAAAAGCAGGCUGAUAACUUUCUACAAUCUGAUUGGUUACUGCUUCUAUCUUCCUACCUACUUUAUCGGACCACUCAUACUCUACUCUGAUUUUGGACCUUAUAUGUAUCAUUCAUUCAAGAAACUAACAUUGCGAAGGAUUGGAUUAUUGGUCUUGAAUUCGCUAAGAUUCUUAUUCUGGGCUGCAGUGUUAGAGAUUUCCCUUCAUUUCCUCUACAUUCAUGCUUUGAAGCAUCGUAUUUCGGAAGUUGCUCUGCUUGGGAUUUGGACUUUUGAUGGUCUUGGAGUUUUACUUGGGAUUUUCUUCAAUUUGUUUCUGAUUGUAUUUUAUGGCUUGGGAAAUACAUUUGCCAGUUUUGAUGGCUACAACCCUCCUCCACCCCCAAAGUGUAUGCUUCAUUACCAUCUGUAUACAGACAUCUGGAGGAGAUUGGAUGUCGGUUUUUAUAAAUACAUGCAAAAGUAUGUGUAUUUGCCUCUGAGUAGAGGUAGUGCAGACUGGAGGAGACGUAUAUUAGCCUCAGCAGCCUGCUUUUCCUUUGUCAUCUUCUGGCACGGCAUGGCUCCCAUCAUUCUCAUAUGGUGCUUUCUCAACUGGCUCGUGGUGUUACUGGUUACUGUGGCUUCUGCCUUCAACAAAUCUGUUGUCUACCAGGACUGGGAGAGGCACAUGUUCAGUGGGACAAACAUUCGCAGACUCAAAGCGUUGCUUGCAGCUCCAGUUUUACUGAUGGGCUCUAUAAGUUCAUCAUUCUUCGUUUGUGAUGUUCAAUUUGGAAGUUUUCUUAUCAAGGAAAUAUUCUUCAAUGGUUCAUGGUCAGCUUUUGCUGUUAUAAUAUUCAUCUGCUACUCCUUUUGUCAAAUUUCUGUCGAAACAAAACAGUGGGAGUCAAAACAAAUUUCCAAAUAACAACGAACAACAACAAUAUACUAAUAGCCCAGUUAAAUUAGAAUAAUCGGGUGAAAUAAUUCCCGGAGAGUUUUGAAAUUUGUUUAAACGUUCCUUUUGUUCAUUAGAUUAAAGUAAAUAAAAA